CUUGGUAGAGCCGCCGCUGCCGCCGCCGCCGCCCCGUCCGAAACCUGGAUUGCAGGAGCCCUUCACCAUGCCCGGCAGACUGUAGGUGCUUCAUGGAGCAAGCCAACUUCUACGAGGUCGAUUCCCGGCCCCCGAUGAGCAGCGGCCAGCACCACCAGCUCCAGACUCCCCUGCCCGGCAACGCCUACAGCUACAGAGAGGCUCCCUCGGCGGCGGCACCUGCUGCGGGCGGCGCGGAGCUCGGCGACAUCUGCGAGAACGAGAACUCUAUCGACAUCAGCGCCUACAUCGACCCCGCCGCCUUCAACGACGAGUUCCUGGCCGACCUCUUCCAGCACAGCAAGCAGCAGCAGCAGGAGAAAGCCAAGGCCAUCCUGGCCGGGGAUUUCGACUUCCACAGCAUGCAUGGGGCCGGCGCCGCCGCCUCGGCGCCGGGGCACCAGCAGCAGCACCACCAGCAGCCGCUCUUCGGCUGCGUGGCCGGCUACAUGGACGGCAAGCUCGACCCCCUCUACGAGCGCAUCGCCGCGCCCGGCUUGCGGCCGCUGGUGAUUAAGCAGGAGCCCCGCGAGGAAGAGGAGGUCAAGUCGGCGGCCCUGUCGGCCCUCUACCCCCACCACGCUCCGCAGCAGCACCCGUCCCACCUGCAGUACCAGAUCGCCCACUGCGCCCAGACCACCAUGCACCUCCAGCCCGGGCACCCCACGCCGCCCCCCACGCCCGUGCCCAGCCCGCACCACCCGCACCACCCGCACCCCCCCGGCGGCCUGCCCGCCGCCGGCGCCCUCAAGAUGAUGCCCGCGGACCACCGGAGCAAAUCGAAAAAGACAGUGGACAAGAACAGCAACGAGUACCGGGUGCGCCGGGAGCGCAACAACAUCGCGGUGCGCAAGAGCCGGGACAAGGCCAAGCAGCGCAACGUGGAGACGCAGCAGAAGGUGCUGGAGCUCACCACCGACAACGAGCGGCUGCGCAAGCGGGUGGAGCAGCUCACCCGGGAGCUGGAGACUCUGCGGGGCAUCUUCAGGCAGCUGCCCGAGAGCUCGCUGGUGAAGGCCAUGGGCAGCUGCGCCUAGCGCCGCGCCGCGCCGGGACUCGCGGGGCCGCCGCGCCCGGUGCCGGGCUGCCCUCGCUCACCUAUAGAUACUAUACGUACCGGAGCGCUGCGAUCGCAGAUU